ACACCACACACACCGCGCAGCCAUGUCCAACAUCCCCAAGACGUGCAAGGCCUGGAUCCUCAAGGAGAAGCCCGGCGAGCAGGUUACGGACAAGACCUUCGCCCUCGAGGAGCGCGAGGUUCGCGAGCCCGCCGACGGCGAGAUCCUCGUCAAGAUCGCCUACUUCUCGAACGACCCGGCGCAAAGGACCUGGAUCUCGAACAAAGUCGUCAAGGAGAGGGCGUACGGUCCGUAUCCCGUCGAGGGCGACGCCAUGCCGUCUGGGUUCCUCGGGCGCGUCGUCAAGACCAAGUCGGACAAGUGGAAGGAGGGCGACCUCGUCAACGGCUUCGCCUCGUGGUCCGAGUACGUGACGCUCAACGGCGCCGCCGUCUUCCCCGCUCGCCAGGUCGAGGGCUACCCCGAGUCGAUCGCGCUCUCGACGCUCGGCAUGACGAGCAUGACCGCCUUCUGCGGCCUGACUCGUGUCGGAGCGUGCAAGGAGGGCGACGUCGUCGUCAUCUCUGGUGCGGCCGGCGCGACCGGCUCUGCCGCCGUGCAGCUCGCCAAGCACCACUUCAAGGCCAAGCGCGUUAUCGGCAUCGCCGGCGGUCCCGACAAGUGCCGCUGGGUCGAGACGAUCGGCGCCGACGUCUGCGUCGACUACAAGUCGUCCUCUUUCGCCGACGACCUCAAGAAGGCGCUCGACGGCCAGUUUGUGAACGUCUACUUCGACAACGUCUCGGGCACGAUCCUCGACGCCGUCCUCGCCCACAUGGCUCGUCACUCGCGCAUUGUCGCGUGCGGGGCCAUAGCAGGCUACGAGGGAAGCGGCGUGAUGCCCAUGAAGAACCUCUUCGAGAUCAUCUCGAUGAGGGUCACCAUGCAGGGGUUUAUCGUGUCUGACUUCAUGGACUCGUGGCCUGAGGCGUCGGCCGUCAUCAAGAAGCUCGUCGAGGAGAAGAAGUUCGUCACCGAGGGCACCGAGACCAAGGUCGAGGCGUCGUUCGAGGACAUCCCCAAGGUCUGGAAGCGCCUCUUCUCGGGCCACAACCAGGGCAAGCUCAUCACGCAGCUCAAGGCCUAAGCUAAGUGCUCUCGUACUUUCCCUCGAUCGUGUACAGAUGCAAAGCAGCAGUUUGAGCCGCC